GUAUCUGGUAUAAGCAGGUUCUUUUUAAGUAAUCAAACACAAUGACUGGUCGAUCUUGUUUCUCUGCCUUCCUGUUACUUCUUAUUACACUGGAAUUCAUCACGGUUAUGGGGGUGGCUCAGUGCGGACGGAUUGUGGCUAACGAUGUAGACCGGAUUCAAUUCGCCCUGAACUUGGAGUUCAUUGAAGCAGAAUUUUUUCUGAAUGGUGCACUAGGUAUGGGGCUUGAUGCUAUGGCACCUUCUUUGGCUCAAGGAGGUCCUCCUCCAGUGGGUGCAAGGAGGGCCAAUCUUGACGGAAGGACCCGUAGAAUUAUUGAGGAAUUUGGUUAUCAGGAAAUUGGGCAUCUCAGGGCGAUCAUAACAAACGUAAGAGGAUUUCCACGGCCUCAACUAAAUCUCAGCGUGGAGGCUUUUGCCACUAUGAUGAACCGAGCAAUGAAUACUACUUUAUCUCCUCCAUUCAAUCCGUACGCCAACACGAUCAACUUUCUGUUGGCAUCAUACAUUAUCCCUUACGUGGGACUCGUAGGUUACGUUGGCACUAUUCCUAACCUUGUCAGCAGCAGCAAUCGACAGCUGGCUGCUUCACUGUUGGCGGUGGAGGCUGGACAAGACGCAGUUAUACGAACAUUACUCUACGAAAGGGCUAAUGAGACAGUCCCGCCAUAUAGAAUGACCGUAGCAAAUUUCACCAACCGUAUCUCAGAACUUAGGAACCGGCUUGGCAUGUGCGGGGUGAAAGACGAAGGUUUGAUAGUACCGUUACAACUCGGAGCAGAGAAUCGAACUACCAGUAACAUCCUAUCAGCGGAUGUUAAUUCGCUUUCGUAUUCACGGACACCACUGGAAAUUUUGAGGAUAAUAUAUGGAACUGGGAACGAGAGUAGGCCUGGUGGAUUUUUUCCUAGUGGUGGAUCUGGGAGAAUUGCCAGGAGCUUGCUUCGUUGAAUCUAAGAGGCUUGAAGCAUUGUUGGAUGGCAGCUAAGCUUUACAAGUACGAUCGUGGGAGAAGAUAAUAUAUAAAUAAAUAAUAUCAGUAAUUAAUAAUGACAUAUUUGUCUCUUCUUAUUUGGAAUAAGUUCCCAAAACUAAAUGGUACUUAGUAAGUACUGAUAUAUGUCACAAAAAAAGCAAUAAUAAUUUAAACAAUAAUGGGCACUUUGAAAUUUAUGCAAUUUUAUAUAUUUAAAUUGUGCAAA